AUGGACCACAUGCAGUACCUCGUCGUCCGCUCGCACAACCCGGAAGACCAGGACUUCAAGCACCCGCUCGAGAACUCCGACGACCGCGAGUACGACCACAUGUCCGGCCAUGCUUUGAUGGCGACGUGUCCGCCGUACUCGCACGUCAGGAAAACGCCGAACGAGCCGUAUCCGUACAAGAUGCCCGAGCUCGAGUCGGCGGAUUUGUCCAAGUUGCUUGAUUUGAGUGCAAGGCUGCCGCUGGGAGCGGAGGGGGAGAUUACGCCGAUUAUGGCGUGGACGCAGAUUAUUCGGGACCCGAGGACGCCGGGACUGACGAAGGAGGAUUUGGAGCGAGUGAGGGAUGAUUUGUCGACGAAGGUUAGGUGUUAUGGCUUCGGAGCCGUCCUCGAAGAAUUCGAGCUCAACGACGCCAUGAACAGCGUCAUCGCAGAAAAGGCGACGCUGGCUUUCGACCUGGAAUUCGGACCACAGCAGCUCGCCGUCAUGGCGUCAUGA